UUAUUGAUUAUUGGUGUUGUCGUCAAAAGUGUGAAUUAAAACUAAUUUUGGGGAGCAAUAACCACCCCAACCUUAGGCCAGCCCAGAUAAAAUUCCUCAUUAAAAUAUUUUUUAGUUUGACAGCAAACUUGAAGUCUACGCGGUAUCAGCAUCAUCUGAACUGCUGAUUGGUUGACAGCGUCUCAAGUUAAUGUCCAUCAAAAUUCGGGGCAGUUCAUAGGUCCAGAAUAUCAAGUCGCCUGUUAGCAUUAAGGCUCUUAAACCAGGAGAGGUUUAGUGAAAAGCAUCACAAACUGUUGCCCAAGGGAGUUUAAAUUACAUUCAGAAUAUAAUCAAAUCUUAUUAAUUUAAUGGCGGAAAAUGGAGGGGCCUGUGACCAAGAAUUGGCAAAAUACAUGGCAUCAUCCUCUGGGGAGGCCAUUCCCGAGUUCAGAAGGUCACUCUCCAUUCAGUUGGCCUUGGUGGCACUCAUGGACAAGACGGGAUAUCAUAUUCUGCAGGAGAAUGGACAGAGAAAGUAUGGCGGACCGCCACCAAACUGGGAGGGUCCAGUGCCCUACAUUGACUGUGAGGUGUUUGUGGGAAACAUACCCAGAGACCUCUAUGAAGAUGAGCUCGUCCCUCUGUUCGAGACAGCUGGAACCAUCUACGAGCUGAGGCUGAUGAUGGAGUUUACCGGAGACAACCGUGGCUAUGCCUUUGUCAUGUACACCAAAAGGGAGGAGGCCUUAAUAGCGAUCCAGAUGCUGAACAAAUAUGAGGUUCGUCCAGGGAAGUUUCUCGGCGUGUGCGCCACUCUCAAUAAUUGCCGCCUCUUCCUCGGCUGCAUUCCCAAAGACAAGAGUAAGGAGGAGAUCAUGGAGGAGAUCAAGAAGGUGACAGAUGGCCUUCGGGAUGUCACCGUGUGUUCAAGCUCCUCAGGCGCCGGCAAACAUCGAGGCUUCGCCUUUUUGGAGUAUGAGACACACAAGGCGGCGGCAUUGGCCCGCAAGGAGUUAAUUGCGAUCAGGCACCUGUGGGGCCAAACCCACUGGGUGAAUUGGGCCAAGCCGGACAAACACGGGAAAAGAGCAAACGCGCAGCACGUCAUGGUUGCCCACGUGCGUAACCUUUCGCCGAGCACCACGGAGGAAACACUUCAGCGCGAGUGUGAGCGCGUCAAAGCAGGUGCGGUGAUGCACGUGAAGAAGUUUACCACCCACGCCUUCCUUCACUUUGACCUCCACAAGGAUGCCGUCGCUGUUACCAGCAGCAUGAAUGGCACCACCAUUGAUGGUUGCGUAGUGGAGGUGAGCCUCGUGAAGCCUCACGCGGAAGACGUGGGCAGGAAAUCCCGCCCUAAGAGCUGCCAGGGAAACAAGACCGGAAGAGGAGCCAAAGAGAUGAUUGUCCCGCGCCACGGAGGCGUGAAUGAGGGCUCUGCUCUGGAGUCAUUGAACACCCCCCCUUACUUCCAGUGGAAACCCCAGUAUGCUGUAGGACCAGGAAAACCUGACAAGGGAGUUUUCCCGCUCUUUCCCGGCACCCCGUUGUACCGCACCAGCCUGCUGCUCCUCCGACCCGAUCAAAUCAGAUCGGCUGUCGGCCUGCUGGACUUGUAUUGCUGCAUGCACAACUGGCCGUCUCCACAGUACCACCUCUUCUCUUUCCUGAGUCAGGACGGGACCCUGCUGCUGGUCUACAAGGUGGUGCUGCCACUGACACAACGAUGCUUCACACCAGACAAGUUAUGUGUGCAGCUGGAUGAUGCUAAAGAGCUUGCUGCACAAAACGCUCUGUGGAAUCUUGAUGCAUCAUUUGUGAGUGAUUCGUCCAGUAGCCCAUCACCUGUGCCGUCUGACGCUCCACCCAAUUCUAACCUGCUACGCUAGAACGUUCACCUCCUCUCUUGACCCAGCCUUUCUGCCUGUACACACACCUGACUCCGAGCCCUCCGGAUGGACAGUGUGACUCCAGUGUAGUUCUUGUUCCGCUAUGCAUUCAGGCACGUUCAAAGGAGGUCCAGUAUAAUCUCCGAGUUCCAU